CUAGACUUGGUUGAGUUAGCGGCAUCCUUGUGCGUGGUGACUUCCAGAUGAGGAUGUGUCAUGGCGGUACAAUCAGGCGGUGUUGACAACUGGCAAGCCCGCUGUGACCUCGCCCAGAGUAAUCUCCACAUGUUGACCAAUGAGAUCUCGUGUGACGUUGUGCUGCGGGUGGGCCACGACAAGGCGGUGUUCCGCGCCCACCAGUACGUGCUGAUCAGUCGGAGCUGUGUCUUCAAUGCCAUGAUCUGCGGCAAUCUCAGGCCGCAGCAUGACGGGCCCAUUGAGAUCCCAGACAUCGAAGCGGACAUCUUCGAGGAGUUCUUGAAGUUUAUGUACACCAACGACGCUGCCAUCACCUCCGACAACGUCACAGGCCUCCUGUACAGCUCCAAGAAGUAUGCCGUGCAGCUCCUUGAAGAUAAAUGUCUCAAGUACCUGGAGGACUCGCUCACCUCCGAAAAUGUUUGCGCCAUCUUGGAACAGGCUCACAUCUACGACGAGGAAGGCCUGUACGAGAAGGCCCUGAAGGCUGCCAAGUGUUCAGGGAACAGGACUCUCAAAUCUGCAGGCUUCACGGAGCUGUGUAAGGAAUGCUUCAACAAGAUCAUUCUAGCUGACGACCUUAGCGCUGCGGAGGAGUCCGUGUUUACUGCUGCCAUCUCCUGGGCAAAAGAAGAGUGUAGGCGCCAGGUAAAGUUGAUAACACCCGAUUCAGUGCGCAGCAUCCUCGGACAGGCUUUGUAUCACAUCCGCUUCCCGUUGAUGGAACCUCGGUUCUUCGUACAACACGUACGUCCAGAAAACCUUUUAACAGACCAAGAAGCAUUAGAGCUAUUUGAAUAUUACAUUUGCCCCGAGAAGGGGAUUCAGACAUUCAUUGUAAAGAGAAGGAAAAGUCAGAUCAUAGUUUCCAAAGACAAACUAAUCCGUGUUCAGAGGUUUUCAGGAACUGACUUUCCGUGGUCAUGGACAUGCAGUGGUGGCGGGGAUGACUCCAUUCGGUUCUCGGCUAGUCAUGACGUCAUUCUGGUAGGAUUCAUGUUAUACGGCCCAUUUACUCAGCAAGCGGAGGAGAACCAAGUGGAAUACUCGGUCCAAGCCCGAAUAUUUGACCAACGCGACUGCCCGAUGGCCCAGUCCCAGGUGGACACGGUGAUGGAGGUCAGUUACCAUGAUAAAUACAACGUAGUCAUGUUCCAGGAAAGAGUGGACAUUCACAGAAAUCAGAUCUACACACUGGUGGUUAACAUCAAGGGCCGGAACACGCUGAAGGGCAUUGGGGGAAUGAAGAGGGCUGAAAGGGGAGGCGUGAUGUGGACAUUUAUGGACUCGGACAAGAGUACAAGGGGAACUAACUCUUCCAAAGGCCAAAUACCAGGUUUAGUGUACUGCAUGCCCACCGUAGAAACCGAAGAUGACUAUAGAAAUUAGAAUGAGUGAGAUGAUGCUGCCAUACGUUGCAAUCAGCAAUAUAUGAAUAGUCGAGUCCAGUCCAGAAAACUCGUGUUUGAUAGCAAAGGCACAGUCAGCAUUGGUCAUCAAACCAUUGGACAUGGUUGUUACCUAUUGCUAGUUGCAGCUGGCUCUGGUAAUGGGAAGGAGAUCAGAGUAACUGAAGAGCAACUAAAAUCUGCUCUGCUGGAUUAUACACCGUUUUACACACACUUGUUUUUCAUUCAAAGUCCUGGCACACAUGUUUGAUUAUUUUCGUUUCUGUUAAUUGUUUGACAUGAGUGGUUCGAGUUAGAAAUUGGCUCUUUCAUGCUCCCUUAUAGAAAGCGUUGUACCCAUUGCCAGUCAUUGACUGUCAGCUCUUAAACAUUUUAUUGUGCACAAUGUAUGUGGUUUUUUUCAGUUUGACAGAUUCUCUGCAAGGGAUGGACUUGGAUCCGUCACUGCCAGCUCCAUCCAUGUUAUCAGACCGUUAUCUGUCCUGUUUGUUUCAUGUUAUCAGAUUGUUAUCUGUCUGGUUUGUUUCAUGUUAUCAGAUUGUUAUCUGUCCUGUUUGUUUCAUGUUAUCAGACUGUUAUCUGUCCUGUUUGUUUCAUGUUAUCAGAUUGUUAUCUGUCUGGUUUGUUUCAUGUUAUCAGAUUGUUAUCUGUCCUGUUUGUUUCAUGUUAUCAGACUGUUAUCUGUCCUGUUUGUUUCAUGUUAUCAGACUGUUAUCUGUCCUGUUUGUUUUA